AUCAUCAUCUUCUCUUCCAUCCUUCUCCCCCAAGUAACUUCAUCCAAACAGUAAGUUCUUUCUUCACAGCAUCCAUUCUUUUCCUGUUCUUCCCAUCUGUGUAUACUCCAGCUUCCUCCCGCCAAGCUACCGUUCCGUCUCCAAGCGUUCUACUAACCAGCUACCCCGCCAAACAGACACAUCUACACAAUGGCUCCCAAGGUCGGUAUCAACGGCUUCGGUCGUAUUGGACGUAUUGUCUUCCGUAAUGCCAUCAACUCUGGUGACGUCGAGGUUGUUGCCGUCAACGACCCCUUCAUUGAGACCCACUAUGCUGCCUACAUGCUCAAGUACGACAGCACCCACGGCAAGUUCAACGGUACCAUCGAGACCUACGAGCAGGGCCUCGUUGUCAACGGCAAGAAGAUCCGCUUCUUCGCUGAGCGUGACCCCGCUGCCAUCCCCUGGGGUCAGGAGGGUGCCGACUACGUUGUCGAGUCCACCGGUGUCUUCACCACCCAGGAGAAGGCCUCUGCUCACUUGAAGGGUGGUGCCAAGAAGGUCAUCAUCUCUGCUCCCUCUGCCGAUGCCCCCAUGUUCGUCAUGGGUGUCAACAACACCGAGUACAAGAAGGACAUCAACGUUCUCUCCAACGCCUCUUGCACCACCAACUGCCUUGCUCCCCUCGCCAAGGUCAUCAACGACAAGUUCGGUAUCGUUGAGGGUCUCAUGACCACUGUCCACUCCUACACCGCCACCCAGAAGGUUGUCGAUGCCCCCUCCAGCAAGGACUGGAGAGGUGGCCGUACUGCUGCCCAGAACAUCAUCCCCAGCUCCACUGGUGCUGCUAAGGCUGUCGGCAAGGUCAUUCCUUCCCUCAACGGCAAGCUCACCGGUAUGGCCAUGCGUGUCCCCACCGCCAACGUUUCCGUUGUCGACUUGACCUGCCGUCUCGAGAAGUCUGCCACCUACGACGAGAUCAAGCAGACCCUCAAGGCUGCCUCUGAGGGCGAGCUCAAGGGUGUUCUCGGCUACACUGAGGACGACAUUGUCUCCUCCGACCUGAACGGUGACAGCCACUCCUCUAUCUUCGAUGCCAAGGCCGGUAUCGCCCUCAACCCCAACUUCGUCAAGCUCGUCUCCUGGUACGACAACGAGUGGGGUUACUCCCGCCGUGUUGUUGACCUCAUUGCCUACAUCGCCAAGGUCGACAGCCAGUAGGAAUCAGGACGGAAGGACCUCAAGAGCCUGCUUUGAGUGCGUGGCUUCAAUUGCCUAGCUUCGGCUUGCUCUCAUGGAAACCCGCUUUAGUAAAAGCAUGUGAUGACGUACUAUUAAUGAAAUGACACAACUGUUCAUAUUUGUUCAA